AUGAGCUUCUCCACCCCCUGCGCCUCCACGAUGAGUGCCUCCGCGGACCCUCGAAACUUCUUCGAGACCGAUGCGUCGAUCGAGAAGAGGGAAAGGCGCGAGGUGAAGUCCAAGAACAAGUUUGGCAACCCAAUCGUACUAAAGUCCAAGAUUCUCGCCGUCAUCAAUGAUCCCGUCUCUCCCUCCUCUUCUGUGCUCGUCGCAGAGGCUGCGGGCAGGGUUCGCCGUGUGAACCUCGAAAUUCUCUCCCAGACAUCCACAGUCACCAAGACUUAUCAAGGACCGAAAAACCCUACGUCUUGCCUCGCUGUAGGCGGUAGGCAAAACGAUGUCCUUUACGCAGGAUCCUGGGACAAGUGCAUUUGGUCUUGGAACCUGGCCACAGGUCAGCCCCUGACCAAAUUCAUCGGCCACUCAGACUUUGUUAAGACCAUCCUGUGGGCCAGGCUGGGGGACACAGAUAUCCUCGUCAGCGGCGGCGCCGAUAAGAAAAUUAUGGUUUGGGACGCCAACACGGGUACCCGCCUGCACACCAUCCAGGAUCCGAAAACAUCCAUGCUCGCGCUCCAGCACCUAGCCCUCGAUCCCAAGCUGUCGACUGCCGAAGAAGUGAUCGUAGUCAGUGCCAGCAGCGACCCUCAUAUCCGCCGCUGGCGCAUCAAGAAGGAUUCCUACGAACAGCUCUCAGAGAUCCACCCCGACGCCCCCGGUUCGGAGCGGCCGACCAUCCAGGAGCACGAUACGAGCGUAUAUAAGCUCGUCUUUGAGGCGGAUACAGAGGACUGCGAUCUUUGGACUGCGAGCGCAGACGGGACGGCAAAGUGUCUAUCUCGUGCGCGGCACUUUACUACGGAGGAUGAGUAUGCCCAUGGCGACUAUCUCAGGGGUGUCGUGACGACCGAUACGUGGGUUGUUACCGCGGGGAGAGACGAGUACGUUAAGGUGUGGGACAGGGCGUCGGGGAAUCUCUACUGUGCUCUUGAGGGCCACUACGACGAAAUCACCGACCUUGUGCUGCUCCCCGACCCACGGGGGAUUCAUCAUAGGGUUUGCAGUGUAAGUAUCGAUGGAACUAUCAGGACGUGGCCACUCAUGAAGGAACAACUCGACAAUGUGGUGGAGGAGAUUAAGAAGGCCAAUAGUGAACCGGCGGAAGAGGAAAAGGAAAAGAACGGAACGAACGGCGCCGGCGUGAUGACCGCCGAGGAAGAAGCCGAGCUCGCAGGGCUAAUGGAGGACGAUUAG